AUGCCCACUUUUCUCUCUUAUCUAUCUCUUCUCUCCUUCUCGUUGUCUACAACGGCCUUUGUUCACCCUGGGGCGCUUCACACCGCGUCGGAUUUCGAGCGCAUCCAGAAGCACGUCGCGAACAAGGAUGAACCUUGGAAUACCACAUGGACUCUAUUGACUACGAGCGAUUAUGCUCAGUCAACCUACCAGCCUAACCCCAAAGAGACGGUGUAUCGAGGUGACAACGGCGUCGAUGGGCAAAACUAUCCGUCCCUGUACAAAGACACUGCAGCUGCGUACCAACUUGCCGUACGCUGGAAAAUCUCCAACGAUACGAGCUAUGCAGACGCCGCGGUCAAUAUUCUGAAUGCCUGGGCUGUCACACUGACCGGCAUCGACGGUACCAGCGACAAAUUCCUUGCCUCCGGUAUUUAUGGGUACCAGAUGGCCAAUGCGGCAGAGCUGAUGUCUGAUUACUCUGGUUGGGACAGCAGUAACAAGACUGCUACUGCAACCAUGUUGACGAAUGUAUUCGCCUCGAUGAACACGCGGUUCAUGGAAGAACAUAACGGUCAGGACAAUUAUCACUACUACGCCAAUUGGGAUCAAUGUAACCUCGCAUCUCUCCUUGCUAUCGGUAUCUUCACCGAUAAUCAGACCAUGUACGACUACGCGUUGAACUAUGUCCGCACCGGCCCUUCAAACGGGGCUUUCCCUGUUUUUGCGGUUGCCAAUUACACGGAAUCUGGCUCAGACAAGAUCCUGACACAAGGACAAGAAGCUGGCCGGGACCAGGGCCAUUCAACACUGGACAUGGUGCUUCUUGGUAUCAUAGCCCAGCAGGCGUUUAACCAGGGAGAUGACCUUUUCGCCGAAUACAGUAACGAAAUUCUCAAUGCGGCUGAAUAUGUCGCAAAGUACAAUGUUGGCUAUGAGGUCCCCUACACUCUGUACCAAAGCUUCGAGGGAAAUCAGACUGUUAUUUCAAACGCUGCGCGGGGAACUGUUCGUCCCGGUUUCGAGCUGCUCUCUGCUCAUUACGGCCAGAUUAAGGGCCUCAACUCAUCUUGGACAGAUGCCUACCGUGACUGGGUGAAUGCGAAUUCCACGGACGGUGUUGAGGGUGGUGGUGGAAAUUAUGGCUCGGCGUCGGGUGGCUUUGAUGCGCUUGGGUUUGGCUCUCUGCUAUAUCGAAUUUCUUAG